CUAGGAAGGCUGUGGCAGUGAGACGGUUAAUAGCAGUGAUGUAGUGGGGAGGGAAGUUAAUGGCAGUUUUUGUAUUGGGUCUUAACCCAAAAGCAAAAGCCCGCCCUUUCUUGUGAAUUCAAACCCUGCUUUAAUUCUUCUGCUGAAAAAACGACCCUUCCUUUAAUCAAUCAAAAAGAAACCAACCUCCUUAAUUAGUCAUAAUCUCACAACAAGGAUAACCAAUGUACAGCAAUAACAUGACGAACCUUGGAAGUGGUACCUGGAUGCUGUUGCUGUUGUUGUCCUUUUGUUUCAAUGCUGUUGUUUUCACAGGUGCAGAUGGACAAGGCCUUGAAGUUGAAGCAAGAAGACCAAUCUCGCACCACAAGGGAAACAGCUCUCUCCUAUUUGACGUCAAGAGAUUCGGUGCUCGAGCUGAUGGCAGAACUGAUGACAGCAAGGCCUUCAUAGCAGCAUGGAAGGAGGCGUGUAGAGCAACAGGAAAGGUUGAACUUCUGAUACCAAAAGGAAUGUACUUGAUUGGCCCUGUUAAAUUUGCAGGCCCUUGCAAAAAUGUGUCGUCUCUUACUGUCUACAUGAAGGGUUAUUUAAAGGCUACAGCAAAGUUGUCUAGGUAUGGAUCUGGAACUGGUUGGGUUGAAUUUGGAUGGCUGGAGAGGCUAACUUUGACCGGAGGUGGAACCUUUGAUGGCCAAGGUGCCAAAGCCUGGCCUUACAAUAACUGCACCAAUGACUCAAAGUGUAAACUUCUUCCAACUAAUGUAAAAUUUGUGGCAAUGAACCAGACUGUAGUCCAAGGCAUAACUUCACUGAAUAGCAAGUUCUUUCAUAUAGCUCUUGUCGAAUGCAAGAACUUCAAAGGUAGUAAAAUCAAGAUUUCUGCACCAGCAGACAGCCCCAACACUGACGGUAUCCAUGUGGAGCGAAGCUCUAGCGUCUAUAUCUCUCAAUCGCUUAUUGGUACUGGUGAUGACUGCAUUUCUAUUGGACAAGGAAAUUCUCAGGUUACCAUCACAAGAAUCAGAUGUGGACCUGGUCAUGGAAUCAGUGUUGGAAGCUUGGGAAGAUAUGAGGACGAAGGGGAUGUAAGUGGACUAGUUGUUAGAGAUUGUGCCAUAUCAGGAACCAUGAAUGGCAUCAGGAUAAAAACAUGGGCCAACUCCCCAGGUAGCAGCGCAGCAACCAAUAUGACAUUUGAGAACAUUGUGAUGAACAAUGUGACCAAUCCAAUAAUAAUUGAUCAGUCAUAUUGCCCAUUCAGUUCUUGCAUCUCCACAGAACCAUCUAAGGUGAAGCUAAGUGAUAUAUAUUUCAAGCAGAUAAGAGGGACCUCAUCAUCUGCGGUGGCAGUAGCGCUAGAAUGUAGCAAGGGGAUACCGUGCCAGAACAUAUACCUUGAGAAUGUUCACUUGGAAUUGUCAUCAGGGGAGAAACAAGCCACUUCAUCAUGUAAAAACGUUAGAGCUAGGUACAUUGGCGAACAAAUCCCACCACCAUGUGCCUAGUAGUGUUAAAAGGUGAAGGACUUUCUUUAUUAUUAUUUUUUUUUUAAAAAAGAGUCAUGCUGCCUGCCUAUUCAAUUGAACGGAUGAUUUUUUGAUUGUGAGAGAUCAUGCCAUGCAAGCGUUUUACAAAAUGAAAAUGGUGAAGGGGUGCAAACUUCCACUCUCAAUCAUCGGCCUCUGCAGCGUGGAAAGGCAUCAGUAAUCGUGAUGGGCGUGGUUGGGGAUGGCAAGAGGUUGGGUUUCUUUCUGGACAGAUAUAGAUGGAGCCUCUUUCUGGACAUGCUCUUAAUUGAUCAUAUUAGAGAGAGGGGGGAAAGGAUUCAUUGGCUUUAUGCUCACUCGCUGGGCGAGGCUUGAUGCGCAAGGAAUGAAGAGUCCAAUUAAGGGGGUUAAUAUCAGUGGCCAGAAUAUUGUUCAGAUUAAUUGAAAUACCACACAGCGUCUUGGAGAUUGCAGGUUGGCUUUUGACAAGUCUAAAGAGAGCAACGCUUGCAAACAGCCCGCCCAUCUUAAUUACAAGCCUAGUGAAUAUACAUAUGGUUUUAUCAAGGUGGUGAGAAUAAUAUAUACUGAUGGAAGGUGGAAGCUGUAGUACUGGAAACCGGGAUAUAUAUUACGCGACAACAAUUAAUGGUGUUUGGACUGUGGGUUUCAAAGGAUACCUCCUAGGUUUUUCAAUGAUCUUAGUCGCUGUGAGCAUCCAUGUGUUUUUGUCCAGGAAGAUGGUAGCUAGAUCACCGGACCACCUUCCACCCUCUGCAAUAUUUGGCAAUGAUAUAUCAGCCUAGCCACCACCAGAAAAAUAUACAAGGAUGAUGGAUCAACGACGAUAAACACAUAAAAUUAAUACAA